AAACAGCUUAAUGUGGAUUCUCUAUAACUUAUCCCGUAAUCCCCAAGUGCAACAAAAGCUUCUUAAGGAAAUUCAAAGUGUAUUGCCUGAGAAUCAGAUGCCACGGGCAGAGGAUUUGAGGAAUAUGCCGUAUUUAAAAGCCUGUGUGAAAGAAUCUAUGAGGCUUACCCCAAGUGUGCCGUUUACAACUCGGACUCUUGACAAGGCAACAGUUCUGGGUGAAUAUGCUUUACCCAAAGGAACAGUGUUGAUGCUAAACACCCAGGUGCUAGGAUCCAAUGAAGACAAUUUUAAAGAUUCAAGUCAGUUUAGACCUGAACGUUGGCUUCAAGAAAAGAAAAAGAUUAAUCCUUUUGCCCAUCUUCCAUUUGGCAUUGGAAAAAGAAUGUGCAUUGGUCGCCGAUUAGCUGAGCUCCAGCUCCACUUGGCUCUUUGCUGGAUCAUCCGCAAAUAUCACAUCUUGGCCACAGACAACGAUCCUGUUGAGAUGCUGCACUUGGGCAUUCUGGUACCCAGCCGAGAGCUCCCCAUCGCUUUCUGCCAGCGAUAAGUCACCUCAGAUGAUGGUGUUCAUUAAGAACAUACCCAGCUCAGGGAAGCGGAUUGAGU